GUCCUUCGGAUCUCCUCUAAACUCUGAUAAUCAUGGCAUGACGCUUGAAACAGGCCAUCGCAUGGUGCUGUCAAACCAUUCAUCAAUGGACAUUCCUUCUUUGAUGUCACCAAUGACAAGGGACUGGUCAAAUGGUUCAGGAGCACAAUUGGUUCCUGGAAGUGGCCAUUUUUCGUCUGUGAGUUCUCUUCAGUGGCGUAAUUCACCAGUCACUCCAAUGACUAGGUUUGGUGGGACCAAAUUUGUCCAGGUGCUAGACUCCGAUGACAAUCUUCAUGACAUAAUGGAAGAUGACACUCCUGAGAUUCUGAAGGACGUUUCUACCUCACCCAAUACGGUGAAAGUAAGCUCCCCAAAUAAGAAGCGAGUUUCUCCUCCUAAGGGUGGCUUGCAUGAGCUUGGUUCUAGCUCAUCAGCAGGCUUAAGAACUAGCCGGAAGUUUAUAUUACAAGCUGUUCCUUCUUUCCCACCUCUAACGCCAUGCCUUGAUUCCAAAAGUAGUGAUAUUCAGAGUACAAGCGAUCUUCAAGGUUGCAGUAGCCCCAAAUGACCAAUUUAAAUGAGUUUAAGGAACCCAAGCUGCAAUUUGUACCGGGACUUGAUCUACAAAGAUGAAGGAAAGCCUACUAUGCUGCUACUUCAUCCUCAAUUGUAUCUCUCUGUCCAUUUUUUAAUGCUACUUGUUGAAUCAAGUGUUACUUGCGAUACACAAGGGGAAAGGAAAUAUAGAGAGGCCGCACCUAUUCAUUAUGGCAUAUUAAUAAAUUUCUUUCUAAACUAAACCUAGAGGUUACUGAGUUUUUUUUUACGCGGGAGAAGAGGUAAAACGAGAGAGGGGGGGGGGGGUGUACUGUGGGUAUUGACUAGUUUACAUAGGCUGCAUUGCUUCGCCUAACAAUUUUCUGUGCACUUCCUAUGUUUUAGUGUUCACAUAGAAACAUGUUGGCAUAAGCCCAUUAACGAAUGUUCUGUGUUUGAUUUCAAUAAAGACUUGAAUGUUGG